UUUUUUCCUUGCCUGUAAUAGGGUCUUUCUUUAUUUUCUAAUUUGCUUGAAAGACAAAUUAGACUGAGCUAGUUAGAUAUAAAAAGUUUGAAAAUAAUCGAAAUAUUGUAUCUUAUAGAGUACUUGUAGAUAUCGAAAAGAAGUGCCUAAAUAUUUAGUAACAGCGAUCGGUUAUUGUUUCUCUAAAUAAUUAUUACCUUUCAUUUGUUUUCGUUUAGUGAUUUGUGUUGUUACGCGGGUCUUGCCAUGGUCCGAGCUGUUUUCUAGCAUCGUCCAGUUGUGAAUAAUAUUUUGCAUGAGGUCACGGCGGUGUGGUGUCCGCAUGGAAGCCCGGCGGACUGGUGAUCACGCGCUGCACACGCUGCGCGCGCAGUUUCGCCGCGCCCUGCCGGAAUGGACCGUGCGCGCCUCACGUCGUCGUCGGACUGCACGAACCAUCGGCCGAUCCAAGGAGGACCCCGCGAAACCCUCGAUAAUGCAACCUCGCCCGCGGAGGCCUUAAACGAACCAGAGACUCCGCGGCCCGCGCCGCGCGCGCUUGCCUCUAUACCCGAGAGCGAACCUUUGCUUCGCGACCCGCUCAGUGUCAGUGCUAUUAGUGAAAAUGUCGCGAAGAAAGCCAACGGUCGUCCCCUGCAUGUGCAAUUCGAUGCGCAGUCGCCGCCGGCGCCCGUGUCAGUGUCUAGCUCCAGUUCGAGUUCUUCGGAUGAUGAGGAGAUAUCUAUCGCGGAGGCGCGACCGCCGGAUGGUGGUUUUGGGUGGGUCGUCGUCUUCGCAUCUUUCCUUGUCAAUCUCAUUGCUGAUGGAAUCACAUUUAGUUUUGGCGUGUUCUUCCCACAUUUCCUUGAAUACUUUGGAGAAGGAAAAGGAAAAACCGCUUGGAUCGCGGGCAUAUUUAUGGCAAUGCCGCUGCUGUCCGGGCCGAUCGCUAGUUUUCUUACUGACAGAUAUGGUUGUCGACGCAUGACCAUUUUCGGGUCGAUCCUUGCGACCCUUGGAUUUGUAAUUUCCGCCUUUGUAGACAGCAUGGAAACGCUAUUUUUGACUUUUGGAAUAAUGGCUGGAUUUGGCCUUAGUUUGUGUUAUGUAGCAGCUGUAGUUAUAGUAGCAUAUUAUUUUGACAAAAAGCGUUCAUUAGCUACGGGAAUAUCUGUAUGCGGUAGCGGUAUUGGAACUUUCAUAUUUGCCCCAUUGACAUAUGUCUUGUUAGAUGAAUAUGGAUGGCGUGGCACCACCUUGAUAUUGGCUGGACUUUUCCUAAAUAUUGCGGUUUGCGGUUUGUUAUUCCGAGAUUUGCCUUGGACGGCCACAAUGAAUGAAGAAAAGGCAAAAGAAAGGAAACGAAAAAGGGAAAGAAAAAGGAACAAACGCUAUGGUUCUUCUGCUGAUAGUUUUUCUGAUAGCAAAAGUAGCGCAGCGGGUUCUGCUAAAGUAGCGGAAGCAACGGGCGCAGAAGCGGUAGUCUCACCUAUGGCGCAGUUUAGCUCGUUAGUAGAUCUACCAACAUUCAUGACUGGCGGCGAAGGAGUUUCCUUGGAAGUAUUCGAAUUAAUGUCAAACCGAGGUCGAGCAUAUGCUAUGUUAGCACAAAAUUACCCUGGUGUUAUGUUGCCUUCAAGGAGUUUUAGUGAUAGUGGGAGACUUCACGAGCAGUCUCCACCUAGAGCUUUAAUGUCGCCUAACACAACAUCGCCUGGGGCGUUAUCUCCUACAGCGGCACCAGUACAGGGGACCGAUAACUCAACAACGAUGUCCGAUAAGGCGGCGACGUCGUUGUGGCUUCGUCGUCAGCAUGCGGGUGGAGGUGGAGGCUCUACGAAGAAGCCACCGGCUUUCCUCAAGGAUUUGCGAGUGCACAGACACUCAUUAACAUACAGAGGCGCGAUGCUUAACAUAAACAGAUAUAGACUACGAGCCUCGUCCUGCCCUAACAUCUUUAGGAAUUCGAUGACCACGAUCGCUAAAGAAAAGGUUCAGUGGUACGCCGGCCUUUGGGACUUUUGGGACUUGGUGGUGGACGUUCUAGACUUCUCCCAUUUCUUGAACCCGGCGUUCCUCGUGUUUGCCAUCUCCAACUUCCUGUUGUACAUGUGGUACGAUGUGCCGUACGUGUAUAUAGCUGACAACGCUAUGAACAUCGGCUUUGACGAGUCGCAGUCAUCGAUGCUCAUCUCUAUAAUAGGCAUCUUGAAUAUGUUUGGUGAAAUUCUACUAGGCUGGGUAGGAGAUUGGGAAUGCGUGGACGCUAGUUUAGUGUACGCCGGUUGUAUGGUGUUAUGUGGUGUGGUGACGUUACUGAUGCCAUUGCUAACGUCAUACUUCACACUCGCUUCUGCCGCCGGAGCGUUCGGCAUGUUCAUAGCCGCAAACUAUUCCCUCACCAGCAUUAUACUAGUGGAACAGAUCACGCUCGAGAAGUUCACUAAUGCGUAUGGACUGCUGCUGCUCAUACAGGGCUUGGCUAAUCUCAUAGGACCACCUUUAGGAGGUUGGGUGUACGACGUGACAGGUAGUUACGACUUAUCGUUUUACUUGGCGGGUGUAUUCAUCGGUAUAUCUGGUUUGAUUCUCGUCGUGUUGCCGAUCUGUUCCCGCGCCAGAUCCGCACGACGGGCUCGACGUCAAGCCGCUAACGGUCAUCUCAAUACUAACGGAAAACUCAUAGUGUGAACGCAGCGUUAUUAUAGAAAACCAAAUUAUUUAAUAAAAAAAAAAGCUUUUGAACAGUUCAAACGAAUUUAAUAUAUUUUUUAUGUUUGUUUAUAUUAAUUUCAUUUAUUAAGGGCUGAUAAUGUUGUCAUCAGUCAUCAGCCAAAAGCCUUCCUGUAAGUAUAGAUAGUAAGUAAAGAUUAUAGGAGUACUGAAUAGAAAUUUCAAUAAGUUUAUUUGGAGAAUUUGAAUAAGAUAGGUAAAAUAUCAGCCCAAUUAAAAUACUUUCGUUAAGUUUAUUUGAAUAAAAAACAUAUUUCUAUUAAAUAUUUGAUUAUGUAAAUAAAGUUGUCUUUUUUAAGUAUUUUUAGGUUAAUAGCAUUUUUUUUCAAUUUAUUGAUUAUAAGACGAAAGAUUAUACAUUUUUAUAAUAAUAUAUAAAAUAUGUAUUCCAUUUAACUAUUCAAAAGUUCUUUUAGAAUAAGUACUGUGUUUAAAAAUAUUACAAAAUAUUAUAUUAAAAUAAAUUCAAAUUUCAUUGAUUGAAAUUUUCAU